UACACCAGCCCUAGGCUAAGGAGAAAUUGAACUAAACUGUCCUUUGGAUACUGCACGGCUAAACACCACAGAGGAAAUCAUAACCAUUAGCGAAUCCGAACGCUAGUUUGCACGCGUUUCUUCGAAAAAUAUCAAGUGGAAGGAAUACCAGCAAAGAGAAUCAACUUUCUUGGCUGUUUUAUUUUCCCUGCCGCUUCCAGUCCGGGGAUGUUUGGCGUUCUUCGGGUGAUUAGAACCGCCACGAGCGGAUCGAGUCCUCAGGCCGGGCUUGGUGCCUCUGAGACGCGGAGGGGCUUCCGCGAGGUCGGGGUGGGACUGUCCGCAGCAUCAGCAGCAGGAACAGCAGCAGCGGGCGGCUGGGCGGAAAAAGGAAGGACGCUGGAGGUUCUGGGACAGGCCCUCUGCCAAGGCCGUAGCCCCGACCCAAAACCGUCCCGGGGCGUCUUGCCCAGCAGGGCGCGGCCCCAGCGCCACCCGGCUCGCCCCGGGGAGGUGGGACUUUCCCCACCGGAAGUGAUCCCGUCCAGUCUCGGGGAACUGGGGCACCUCAACCAGUGUGUCAGGGAAACCCUUCCGGGUGUGUGUUGCGGGGGGGGGGGGGGGGUGAGAUUAAAAAAAAAAAAAAAAGAGGUGGGUUCGCCUGGAGUCCCAGCGGCCGCCGCCGCCGCCGGACGGCCCCCGCCCCUUCCCGCUCUGCGAGCCGCAGCGCAGGGGCGGCGGUGUGAGACGGAGGAGCCGGCCGAUGGCCAUGGCCUUGGCGUGACAGAGCCUCCCGGACGGCCGGGCGGGUGCGGACGGCAGGGCCAGACGACGCCCGCGGGAGCCGCGGCCCAGAGACCCGCCCGGGUGGCAGCGACUGGAACGGAGCCCACAGGCCCGGGCCGCCUCGGCGGCGCGAGCAGGAAGCGGGGUCCCUGGGCCCCUUUGUGUGCAGGGCGGGGGAGGGGUGCGGGGCAGCCCCCGGCCGCGGGCUCCUCGGACGCCCGCAUUCCCGCGGGGGCCCCCGUGCGUCCUGCGGCGCCCACCCCUUCCCUCCGGGGGGUGCGUUUCGCCUCCCCCUCUUCUCCGGGCUGCUCCGGGCUCGCCCUCUCCCCACGCCCCCUGCCUGGGCUUCAGUUCCUAUAGGAAGGGCAUUACCAUCCCAUCCCCACCCACCCCGACACUUCGCUCUUUCCCCUCCCCCUCCUUUAACUUCCUCUUCUUCCCCCGUCGGGCCCUGGGCUGCUCUGCACUCUCCUCCCGGGUUCGCAGAUUUCCGCCCACCUUCCGCCUCCCCAAGCAGCGCCGCAACGAGCGGGGUGUUAUUUUUCCCUCCCUCUGGUAGGAGUUGGUGAAGGUGAGACUCAUGAGGGAAUACAAGGUAGUGGUGUUAGGGAGCGGAGGGGUUGGCAAAUCUGCCCUGACUGUGCAGUUUGUCACUGGGACUUUCAUUGAGAAAUAUGACCCCACCAUUGAAGAUUUCUACCGCAAAGAGAUCGAAGUGGACUCUUCCCCCUCCGUGCUGGAAAUUCUGGACACCGCAGGAACUGAACAGUUUGCCUCCAUGAGAGAUCUCUACAUCAAAAACGGCCAAGGUUUCAUCCUGGUUUAUAGUCUGGUUAAUCAACAGUCUUUUCAGGAUAUCAAGCCGAUGAGAGAUCAGAUUGUCAGAGUGAAGAGAUAUGAAAAAGUCCCACUGAUCCUAGUAGGAAAUAAAGUGGAUCUGGAACCAGAAAGAGAGGUUAUGUCUUCAGAAGGCAGAGCUCUGGCUCAAGAAUGGGGCUGUCCUUUCAUGGAGACAUCAGCAAAAAGUAAAUCAAUGGUGGAUGAACUUUUUGCUGAGAUCGUCAGGCAAAUGAACUAUUCUUCCCUGCCCGAGAAGCAAGAUCAGUGUUGUACAACUUGCGUCGUCCAGUAAAAAAAGAUAACCUCAGUCAUGGCCAUACCGAGCAGAUAAAACUCAGAGGAAAUUUGCACAGAUGCUGCUUUGGAGAACUUUACAACCUGGGUUGCAGAACUGAGCCUUGGUAAACCUGUCUCUAUUACAGCAUGUUGCCAUACAUCUAAUUAAGUGCAUAAGGUCUUUGGCCUUCAAGAUCCAUGGACCUUAAACAGGAAUGCUUAGCACGUUUACCAUAUGUUUAAAAUCUGUUCUUUAUCAAUCAGUCCUUUUGUAGCUUUCUAAGUUCUUAUGGAUGGCUAAUAUGCAAGAAUUAAUUUUUAAUAUUUUAAUUGAUUUCUUUAAUCAGUUUCUCAACUUGUAUUUAUUAAAUACUCAAACUCAGUAUUACCUACUCAAUGCCUUUUAAAAGAAAGUUAUAAUGGAGAAAAAAUUGAGCCUUAAACAAAUGGUUACUUCUGUAUAUUACCUCGCGCCAGUGCUUCAUUCUAUUUGUAAAAUCUUUCUCCUUUAAAUGGUUGGUUAGUACUUUGAGACUUUGUUUACGUGUGGCAGUGUUGUAAAAAAGAAACUAAAGAUCACAUUUUACCUGUAUGGAUGAAAUAUCCCUUUUCUUCAAGUGCAGUUUGUGAUGUGUUUUUGUAAUUAACAUGUUCUGAAAGUUAUAAUUGAUAUUUGAAAUUGUAGAGCAUUUAGCUGAAGAGUUAAGCAUUUGAUUCCAUUAGGUUUUCACAUGUGUUAAUCUCAUUUACAGCAUCAAAUUGCAGCAGUAACAUUUUCCUUUCUGUGAAGUUCUAAAUUUAGUUAUGACCUACUUAGCAAUGCCUUUGAAAAGGGAUAUUGUAUCCAUGGUAAAUUAAUUGUAUACCUAAACAGAGAUAGCUCAGCUUUGCCUGUCAGGCUUGUAAUUGACAUCUAGUAGACUUCUGCACAUGUAAAAUUAAAUUCAAAUAAAAUCAUAUACACUUUCUAGUUUUUAAUAUUUGUCUUUCUGAAUAAUAGUUUAAAGCAAUAUUUGUUAAAGUUUUCUUGCACUAUCACAAUUGCUUUUUAGUUAUUUCUCAAGAAGCAUGUUCGUAGUAGAGACAAAAAUCUGUGUAACAGGAGGGAGGAUAGCACCAAGUCUCUGGGUGGUUUUUGUUUUUGUUUUUUUGCAAAUGUGCUUCUAAUAGCCAUUGCCUUCCAUGUUUACCUAAUCAGCACAUUUUGUCUGAAUACUUGAACAUUUUAACAGUAACACAGGUAUAGAAACAGAAAGAAAACUUAUAAAGAGUAAUCUCGUGGUUCAGUUUUAACAUCAUGACAACAAGCGCUUUUUCUAGCAGUGAUUUUAAAAUUUUGUAAGUUUGACAGUAUUUUGUUGUUGGGUUUUUAUUUCAUUUUAGUUGUGUGCUUUUAAUUUGCAGAAGUUAGUAACUGCAGCUCACCUACUGCACCAAAGUUCUCGAUCUUAGGAGCCCAGCUUUAGUCAUUUGAACAUGCUUCUAAAUAAAACAAAAAAACCAAAACUAUACCUUCGAUCUAUAAUAAUAGCUCAAUAACUUUGUCAAGGAAAGCUCUAAUAUAUGCAGUGAUAGUUUUUGGAAGGGUGUGGCAAUUUUAAAUUUAUAUUGUGUGUAAUGUUCAAAUAAAGUGAUAUCUACAUUCAUGUGAUUUAUUGGUCAGCAUGACCAUGAAUAUUGCGUAGAAAUUAAUUAAACUUUGAUUUCCUUUUUUAAAAUCGUGUUGCAUUUGAUUCCUGAUCAAAUUCCCUCUUGAUCUUAGAUUUUGAAUUUUAUGGUGAGAUUGUAAGGGUGGAGGCAAUUGAAACUUUGUUUCUUAUUUAUAAACUGCUUGAAAUGAAUACCUAAUUUAAGUUUGCACUUUAAUACCAAACUUAAAACCAAACACUGAAUUCAAAGUAGGUUAAGUGAUUGUGGUUCAUCUUUAUUAGCUUUGUGAAAUUCUAAAGGAAUCAAAUAAUUCAUGAUGAUUUAAAUUUUCUGCAGAUGGAUUUUUUAAGUAUAGUGUUUCUUUCCUAUGGAUAGUUCUCAUUCUCUCGCUCUCUCUCUCUCUCGCUCUGUCACUGACCUCAGCAGCAAUUUUAACUUGAAUUCACUUAGGAUCACAGGAAUCAGGGGAAAAUGAUUUAAAGGUGGUUUCUCCAGCACAUUUUAAGAAAAGGGACCAAAAGUUAUUUUAGCUUCCUCAAUAGAUUGCAUGUCAAGUUGCUUAUUAGGAUAAUAAAUUAAUAUUAAAUGCAAUAUAUGUCUCGUCUUUACUAUGGCAUCUGUUUAGGAGUUGUUCAAAUCACUGCAGUAGGGCUCUGCAAAUAAAAUCAUGUAACCUAUUAUCACGGAUCUAAUGUACUGUAACUUUAUCAGUGAAAGGUAAAAAAUCUCAAAUAACAAGUACAAACAUUGAACAAUUACCUAUAAAGAUUUGUAAAAGUAAAAUUUUUCCAAUAGAUUUCAUUCUUGUCAUUUUGUAAGACAACCCUGCAGUCCACCUGUUUGUAACUUUUUUAAUAAAAUAGACAUCUGUAUUAUUGA